UCCCCACAACCGCCCCCGCUGCCCAUGAAAAACGGCGCCAAACAGCAGCAGCAGCAACAGGAGUCGCACUACCAGCACUUGACCUACCAGCAGCAUCCCGGCAGCAAUGCACGCAACACCCUGGACCGCAAGCAGCCGAGCAACAGUGGCGGCGACUACUGCACCCAGAUCAAUCCGCACUAUCUGCAGACCUUCGACAGUUUGGACCACUACAGUGUGGCCACCAUGCAGCAGCAGCCGCUGCGCAGCCAGUCCAAGUCGCAGAUCUACAGCUAUGGCAGCAGCGGCACCGCCAGCGACAACAGCAACCACAACCAGCAGCAUCUGCCGCACCAGCAGCACCAGCACUACCACAGCAGCAGCAACAUAGCCCACAUCGAGCACCACUACCAUCCGCAGCACGGCAGCGAUCGCUACAGCCAUCCGCACGUGCAGCAGCCACACCAGCAACAUCAGCAGCAGCAACAGCAGCAGCAUCAGCUGCAGCAGCAGCAACACCACAGCCUGAAGCACACCAAGCACGGCAAGGGGCACAAGAACGGCAAGCACGGCUCGAAGGGCAGCAGCAGCAAGUCGCAGGACGACUUCAAGGUCCUGCACAAGCAGCAGAUGCAGCAGCAGCAACAGCAGCUGCAGCCGCCUAAGUGCAGCGGCAACAGCAAGUCAGCCAAGCGCAACGGUUGCGGCAACCAGGUGUUGCCGCUGCCACCGCAGCAGCAGCAGCACUACUCCAGCUCCAGUGAUAGCCUACCAUUCGAUAAUAACUACUAUUAGACACCAGCACACUCAGGCACACACACA